CGAAUUUCGUUUCCCAAAUGCUGAAGAGUUCGGAAUUUCGCUAUGCUGCAGCAUGUGUGCAAGUGGGGGUCAAAGAUUCAGUUACACAAAAACAGAUGGCCGUUGCGCUGGCCAGAGAUCAGUAUAACCGGAAGUUCUGUGCCAUGGCUGAAGUGCACGUGAUUGGUCAGAUUGUCGGAGCCAGUGGAUUCCCCAGCAGUAGCCUCUUCUGCAAAUGGGGGAUACACACAGGUGGCGCCUGGAAGCUACUCUCAGGGCUCCGGGAAGGGCAGACACAAGUCGACCACCCCCAGUUGGAUGAUGUGGCUUACUGGUCCCAUCCCAUUGAUGUCCACUUUGCCACCAAAGGCUUGCAAGGCUGGCCCAAGCUGCACGUCCAGGUGUGGCACCAAGACUCCUUCGGGCGCAGCGAGCUGUCCGGCUACGGUUUCUGCCACGUCCCUUCGAGCCCCGGGUUCCACCAGCUGGAGUGUGUGACCUGGCGCCCCUUGGGCUCCUGGCAGGAGCAGGUGUCCCAGGUCUUCGUGGGCGGGGGGCCCCAGUUGCUCAACAGCGACCUGGUCUACACGGGGGCCGACCGCUACCGCCUGCAGACCCGCGCCAUGGGCACCGUGCACCUGCAGCUGGCUGUCGUCCUGCGCAACUUCGACCGCUACGGCGUGGAGUGCUGAGCCGGGUGCUCCCUGGCGGGCCGUGCCCUUCUGAGGCGGGAGCCUGGGAGGCGCUUCUCCCGCCCUUCAGCCCAGAGGCCACAGACCCCUCCGUCUUCACUUGAGAAGGAAAGACUCCUCGGCGUGAACGGUGUCCUCCGCGGACGUCUCCUCUGGAGUGGGUGGAUCAGCUGGUGGUUCCUGGGCCGAUGGGACCUUGCUUCCCUCCCUCCUCCCCCCACUCCUACUCUAGAAAAGUCUGAUGCGGAUCCAUCAGCAGCCUGAGGCGUAGCAGUCGAGAGCCAGAGUUGCUGAACUCGAUCGCUGGCUCUAGGACUGCUGGGUCCUGAGGGUUGAGGAGACGACACUCCUCCUUGGCUGCAUUUCUGGUCUCCUGAGCACCGUGGCUUGUGCCCUGGGGUGCUUGAAGACGGGCGUCGCUCUCGAGUGCUGGGAGGGGGCUGUACAUCUCUGGCCCAGGGAGGUUUGCAGUGUAAUCCAACAGAUACUCAGGGGAGGGCCGCAGAGGGCAGAAAUGGCCAUUGCAGCGGAUAUUCCAGCUACCUCUUGAUUUCUAUUAAAACAAACAAACACAAGUUCUUCUGUCUGCAUUAAAUGGGUUUUCCUCAA